UUUGAACUGGUUUCUAGAUCUUAAACCUAGGGAGCCGGAAACGACUACCGAGAGCAAUCUCGCCGCCGGCUCCGUCACCGCCACCACCAUGACCAAGUUCCGGAAGCUCGGCCGCCCCGCGGCCCACCGAGUCUCUAUGCUCAGGACGAUGGUCUCUCAGUUGGUGAAGCAUGAACGCAUCGAAACCACCGUCGCAAAGGCAAAAGAAGUUCGUCGUGUUGCAGACAACAUGGUGCAGCUGGGCAAAGAGGGUACACUUGCUGCUGCACGUCGUGCUUCUGCUUUUGUUCGUGGGGAUGAUGUCCUUCAUAAGUUGUUUACAGAGCUGGCUUAUCGCUAUAAAGACCGAGCAGGUGGCUAUACAAGAUUACUUCGGACUCGCAUACGAGUUGGGGAUGCUGCACCUAUGGCAUAUAUUGAAUUUGUUGACAGGGAAAAUGAACUCCGAGAGGCUAAACCCCCAACUCCACAACCACCUCAGAGAGUCCCUCUUGAUCCAUGGACAAAAUCCCGUGCUUGCCAACAAUGGGCUUCUCCUAAAGAGAAUCAGAACUCUGGAUCAGAAAGUUAAUUAGUAUUUCUUGAUGAGUUUGUGGUAGCAUAUACUUUUUUUUUGUUUCAAAGAACUUUUGUAACUUUUUCAAUUAGCAAUUAGAUGAAAAAGAGUCCCGAUGCUUUUAGUGAAUCAUGACAUUAAUAUGGUAAUAAAUCAUAAUUUGUAAAUUAUUGCAAUUGGUAAACCAGGGGAUGUUCCGCCAGUUGUGACUAUUAUUGACAGUUAAGUCUGGAUUUUUUGGUAAUGAAAUCAUCCUUGAUAAA